AUGUAUUCUGCUCACAUGAGGCGUAUAGCUAGUGCUCCAGACGUUAAGGGUAUUGUAUCUGUGCCAGAUGAAAGAUCCUUUUACAAUCAAUUUUGGAAUUUUAAUCACCGCUAUAGACGACCUCACGCAUCGCACCCAACUAUAAAUGGACGAUCUAUAAAUUUUUACAAAUUAUUUUCCUCCGUUGUGUCACACGGCGGAUACUCAAAGAUUACAGAUAAAGAUGAUUGGGAAAUUGUUGCAAAUGAUAUUGGCUGUCCUUCAUCGUGUACAAAUGUCAGUAUUGCCCUUCGAAGGAUUUACAGUCAAUUCCUUCUUACUUUUGAGAAUGAACUGUUUCCUCAUCUUAAAACAACCAGCUUCUGGGCACAGUUGCAAGACGAAUUGAAUGAAAAUCCCGGUGAUAUAUAUAUUCCUCCAUCUGUUGAAAAGUUGCUUGGUAUUUACAAUCCCAAACCGGCUACUUAUCACCAGAGUAUGCAUCGAUCUGCGACAAGUGCUACGUUCUCUAGCAGGGAUUUUUACCGAUUGAAUCAGGAUUCACGGUCAUUUGAUCAGCUUCCUCCUGCUGUACAACUGGACGAGUUGUAUUCCAGACCACAUGCUGAAAAUACGUUAAAUCUGCGUUUUGUGACAACUCUAGAGAUUGCGGAGAAAUCCCUUCUAUCUGGAUUGCCUAAUGAAAUUGAUUUAACACUCAACGCUAUCUAUUUUCUCUCUGCUGUGGUUGCGGACACUCCUGCAACACCUAUUCGAUUUAGCAAUUGUCGAAAUCUCCUUCAACUCAUGUUGGCUUCUGUUGGUAUCUAUGAGGAUGGUCCCAAUUCUCUUCGUAACAUGAGUGAAAUUUGGAAGCAACAGGGUAAUCUUGACUUUGAUACGUUUUGGCGGAGUACUGUUGAUGAAGAGAUCCUUUCUUCUCUUAGUAACGAUGCUUAUCUGUAUAACGAACAUUCCUUACCACUAGUCACAGAUGCAGAAACAGCAGGUUAUCGCGUAGUACCUCCUCUCUCCCCCGAUAUCACUCAGAACCUAUUUACUCCCUCCGCCUCCAAUCCCACACGGACGCUUUUUGGAAGCGCUUCCACAGAUGACCUUCUCUCUACCAGUCCCAACCUCUCACGUGUGCUCUUGGUCAUGGCUACUCUAGUUAAUAGUGUUACCUGUCCCUAUCUCACCGGUAUCCCUAGCCCAAUUGCUGAGGAUGAUGAUGAGUUGGAUCAGGUGAUGUCCUUCGCCUCGGUUGGGAAUCGUCGCUUUUCCAUGUCCAGUGGAGCAACUUGCAAUGGUGUCAUUGGAGGUCGUCCUUUCCGUGGUCGUAGUCUCUACCCUGGUUUGCCACCCUUAUCUCCAUGGCGUGACAAUGCUCGAUUCCUUUCUUCCAGUCCCGCUACCUUGAGAUUUGCCUUUCUCUGUACUUUCGCACGUCAUUCCGCUCUCAGGCAACUCGGUCUCCAGCUGAUUGGAGGUCUUCGAUACCCCUUAGUUCCAUCCGUCACUUUCCUUUCGAAAAUACCUCGACCGCUGCAUGUCAAUACCUUUACAGGAAUUGAGUUGCUCAGUUUGCAAUUCCUCGUCCGUUGUCUUAUUCAAUCUAAUGAUCGAUGUGAUCUCUUAUCUGGUGAGUAA